UGCUUCCGCACAACGCCAACAACAUUAGCCUAAUACACGCUCUAAGUGUCUAUCUGGAAUUUAUUGUUCAAGUCCCUCGGCUUCCUUUUAUUUUAUUUUUCUCCCGUGUUGGAUGUAUUCUAUUUAACUGUUUGAGAGUAUAGAAAGAGAGAAGAUUCCUUUCUCCGGUGGACUUCGCGUUCACACCCUGCUGAUCCUACGGCAGCAGAGGGGGGGCGAACCGUUGCCCGAAAUCUAGGUUUCCUCCGUGCCUCAAUCCGAGCCUCCGCAGUGAGUUACUGACACCUAAGAGAUGGCCCGGAUUUGGGUGUUAUCUGAGUGCCUAGUGCUGAGCUUUUGGAGUUUUGGGGCUUCUUUAACAGUUCUUUUGACAUGGAGGAGGUGGAACUAGCAAAUAGGGCGGCUGUGGGAAGCUGCCACCGAGUCCUCAAUCUUCUAUCUCGGUCCCAAGAUCAGCUCCUUCUAUAUAUGAAUUAGUGGGAGAGACUGAAGUGGCUGUUUCUAGAUUUAGGAAAGUAGUUUCCAAGCUUGGCCAUGAAUGGUCAUGGAAGGGUCAGGAGGUUGAACAAAGCUCUUUCCCCUUUCAAUCAUAAGAUCUUUUUAGAUAACCCAAUAGCAUCUAGGCCAGUUCCCUCUCCAGUGCCUCUCCAUCUCCUCCCAAGAGAUCCUAUAGAAUUCCCAGGAAGAGAAUUAGUUCUACUGCCAAAAUCCCUCAACCAAUCCCACAAAGGAUGUCCUUGAGAUCCUGUACUGGAUGUGGAUGCUGCUUCUAGAAGCACUCUCCAACUUGGCCCACAGGCUUCACCCACCCACCUCCAUUUCCUCCAACAGCAGCAGAACAACCAAAAGUUUCAGCUCAGCAGCAGUUGAAUUCCAGAGUGAGAUGUAUAGGAGGAGCAAUAGCGGAAUAAAUCUCAAGUUGAUAACUCUAGUUGCUCAGCGACCGGAUCAUCCUCGAGGUCUUUCUGUCAUCCCUGAGUGGAUGGAAGCAUGGCGAGCUUGGAUGGGAGGCCCUUCCACCUAACGAGUGGGCCAGAAUCAUCCAAUCCGACAAACUUGAACCAGUCUCCAAGGAGGAGGUGCUCUGGCAGAGGGAGGAUGGGGAGUGGCAGAUGUGCUACUGCAGGAAGAUGUCAUUGCUCGAAGAAGAGGAAGCUAAGAGUGAAGAGAUCUAUUAAGGUGCCUGCCAUCAGCAACAAGAUCGCUGAUAUCCCUGCUGACGAAUACUCAUGGAGGAAGUAUGGGCAGAAGCCAAUCAAGGGUUCUCCUCAUCCUAGGGGAUACUAUAAAUGUAGCAGCAUGAGAGGCUGCCCUGCUAGAAAGCAUGUUGAAAGAUGUGUGGAUGAUCCCUCAAUGCUCAUUGUUACUUAUGAAGGUGAGCACAACCAUAGCAGGUUAUUGACCCAAUUAGCGCACACAUAAAGGCUGGACUGAGCUUCUUCACUUAGCUCCUUCACCAAGUGGUUCAAGUGCUCUCUCAUUCCGUCCUUUUGGGAGCACUUAAGCUUCUCCUGUAAAUAUAGCUGUUGUGAUCAAGAAAUUCAGGUCUUAGAGAGGUAGGUUCCAUGGGAUGGUUUCUGGGUCUUUCGUGGUUUUGAGGCCCCUGAGCUGCAUAGAAAUGCUACCAAGAAAUGGUUUUGAACUGUAAGCACAAUUAUUGACAUUAAAAAUUCUGGUGAGUCUUAAUUCUCUUAGAUUUUAGACUUAGUUCAUAAUUCUUGAUAUGCUAACUUUGAAGAGUUGAAGGUUGUAUGAUCAACAAUACAAUGCAAUGUUUGAAAACAACCAAAUGAGUAUGUGUAUUCUUGAAUUCAAAGAGUAGAAACUUUUGUUGUUCAAAACCUUUUUCUGUUA